UUCCUCCUUAUAGUGGUCCAUUCAUUCAUUCUCGGCGAGAUGCUGCAUCCGUCGAUCGUCUCGUUGGUGCUCGCGUUUUCCCUGCGACUCGCCAGUGCAGCAGUUGGCGAUUUAGACGCGACGUUGAAGCACUGCUGCAAUUUGGGACGCAAGGAGGAGAGCUGCUCCAGUAUUUCCACGCCCAGGGAUGUGCCGUCAGAGCACCUCAGCAUGUGUCUCACUGCCAUCGAAAUUUGCUGCGUCGAGGCAGAAAGGGCAAAACAGUGCAGUCUGGGACAACAGGACGCCAGGGACGGCCAGGACUGCGUAGGUCUCCCAGGGGUUUCAACGCGAUACAGAAAGGACUGCUGCAGUGCGUGCAGAUUGGGCCUGAUUGUCUCGUCAAUGACCCUGGCGUGCGCAAAUCACGAGUUCCUUUUCGGUCCGCCGUGGAACGUGGCCUACAUGACGUGCUGCUCGAGCCAACCCUACACGGGCAGGCUGGCGUCGGCACCCACCCUGACGCAGCCCAUUCAGAAAAUUGGCAUUGGACUGAAUGACCUCGGCAGCGACAGCGAAGAGGCCGACAAUUUUUGUGAUCAAUUCCCGGGACAGUUGUGCCAGCACAUUUGCAUUCCGACAAGAGGGUCGUAUGAGUGCGAGUGCCGAACGGGUUUUACAUUAGACACAGACGGAAAAUCGUGCAUUUUGCUGCCAGAAAACGAUCGGUGCCGGUCAAACAACCCCUGCAGCCAGAAGUGCGUGGACACUGGCAUAGCUAUCGAAUGCUCGUGCCAGUCAGGCUACACCCUCGCUGCGGAUAAGAAAAACUGCAAUGACAUCGACGAAUGCGCGUCCGACAGCAACGCGUGCAAACUGGCCGGCAUGGAGUGCCGCAACGAAGCCGGCUCGUUCGUCUGUUUGACGCCUGACGGCUCGAUUAUGCAACCGGGAACGCUCCAGAGCUCACCGGGAAACGGAGAUGACUUAUCUCAGGAAGAAACAGGUGGUAAGGUGCCUGAAUCAAAGUGUCCAGAGGGGUACGCCCUGAGUCCAACCACUUUCCUCUGCGACGAUCUCGACGAGUGUAUUGCAAACAAGAAAAUCUGCCCGCGAAACACGACUUGCAUGAACACGGUGGGCUCGUUCUUCUGCGAAAACGUUUCGAAGGAAAAGCAGUGCGCUCCAGGGCUUCAAAUCAAUCCAGAAACCAAGGAAUGUGAAGACGUCAAUGAGUGUCUCGAGGGCCUAGACGACUGCAGAGAGCAGAAUCUCAAGUGUCUAAACACAAUGGGCAGUUUCAUCUGCCACAAACAGGCCUCGUGGAGGUGUCCAGCAGGUUUCAAGUACAGCACCACCCUUCAGCAAUGCUUGGACGUUGACGAGUGUGCCGAGAAAAUCCACAGCUGCCAGGAGGAGAUCGAGACGUGCGUGAACACGGACGGCGCCUACGAGUGCAUCCCCAUCAACGGGGAAAAGUGCUCUCAGGGAUUUGUGUUUAACGAAACCAUCAGCACAUGCAUAGACGUGGACGAAUGUGCCCUUGGUCUGGACGACUGCGACCCUGUCAUGGAGUCGUGCCGAAACACCUACGGGGGCUUCAACUGCACCGCCAAGCGGACCCAAAGGCCCUUCUCGUGGGCCCCGACCCCGGCCCCAACGAGGACGACCACGACGACAGUGACCGCUCCUAUUUUUCAAGACUGCCAAGCUGGUUUCAAAUUCGAAUCAAACUCUGGAAGAUGCGUCGACAUUGACGAGUGUGUGGAAAGCAGAAUUCCAGUUUGUGACAGCUCGCAGAACUGCUUCAACAACAUGGGCAGCUACCGUUGCGUGUGCAAAAGAGGUUUCGAGAAGGAUCCCAACACGCUGGCAUGCGUGGACAUCAACGAGUGCCACCUGGAAUUGCACGACUGCACGGUGGGCCAGCGGUGCGACAACACGAUCGGAUCGUACAAGUGCUUCAGAUUAACCAGCUGCGGAACUGGAUACACUCUCAACGCACAAACUGGAGAGUGUGAAGAUGACAACGAGUGUUUGUUGAAGAGCAACAACUGUGCAAGGCUUGGUUCGCGAUACCAGUGCAAAAACACGCCUGGAUCGUUCCGUUGCGUGUUGAAAACCUGCGAGGGUAGGAAAGUGCUCAACCUCGCGGGCGAGUGUGUUGACCAGGUGUGCCAAACUGGCUUUGAAUCCAGUCCCACAGGAGUCUGCACAGAUUUGAACGAAUGCUUGAGCAAUCCAUGCAGGGAAAAUGAGAAAUGCGUCAAUACUCCGGGAUCGUACUACUGUUCGCGCAAAUUGGACUGUGGACACGGCUUUGAAAUGAAUCCGCAGGGAACUCAGUGUGUCGACGUUGACGAGUGCACGCGAGGGACGCAUUCGUGCUCACGGGGCCAGCAGUGCUUCAACAGAAUAGGCUCGUACUCGUGCCAGUGUCCGCAGGGCUACCUGGUGAACCAGGUCACUAAAGAGUGCAUCGAUAUCGAUGAGUGCACCUCGUUUGGGAACAAUCGGCAGCUGUGCGCCAGCAACUCCGUGUGCCAGAAUCUGCAGGGAAGCUACAGGUGCAACUGCAAGGAAGGAUUCAAGAAUGAAAACGAUGACAAAGUCUGUGUUGACAUAAACGAGUGCGACAUGGGCCCUGGAUUGUGCCAACACAACUGCUUCAACACCUGGGGCUCGUACCGCUGCUCUUGCAACUCCGGUUACGUGCUGCAGCCAGACGGAAGAUCAUGCUACGACAUUGACGAGUGUGAGCAGUUUAAGGACAGGAAUUUGUGCGUCGGCAUUUGUCAGAACACGCCUGGAAGCUACACCUGUCGCUGCCCUGAGGGCUACAGGCUUGGUUCUGAUGAUAGAACUUGCAUAGAUAUUGAUGAAUGCGCAAGCAACACGGGAAUCUGUCGUUCAGACCAAGUAUGUUUGAACACGAGAGGCGGCCACCAGUGCAACUCCGUCUACUGUCCGUCAGGCUAUUCCAGAGAGACGGAACACAAAAAUCGGUGCAAGAAGAACAGUCUGUACUGCCACAAGGACGACUUGGAGUGCAUGAAGGAGCCGCAGACCAUCUCGAACAACUACAUGACGUUCGUCUCCAACAUCGCCAUCCCGCCCGUCGGCUACCUCGACCUGUUCACCAUGCGCGGCCCCAUGUGGCAGAGCACGGCCGUCCGGUUCGACCUGAAGAUGGUCAGCGCCAGGGCGCCGCCCCACGUGCCCGCAGUGGAAAAGGAGUUCUUCCGCAUCCGCAGACAAAGCCACAACCAGGCAAUAAUUUCCCUGGUGCGGCCGAUAAAGGGACCACAGCAGAUCGAGCUGCACUUGACCAUGGAAAUUCUGCACAACGGCUCCUUCAGCGGCACCGUCCUUGCAAAACUGUUCAUCGUCGUCUCAGACUACGAAUUUUAGGACUGCGCGAUAAUUCAGUUUAUUAUGUCGAUCUUAAAAAUAAAGUUUUGCUUCGUCGGAGAGA